AUGAGCUCCAUGGCGAACACAGCGCUUUACUGUAAUGAGAACAUCUCCUUUGUCGUUCGUCGAGAGACGGACAGCUAUACCCCAGGGGAUGGCGAGCUCCGGAUCAAAACGAUCUACUCCGGCAUCAACCCAGCAGAUGUGAAGCACGCCACGCAACUCGGCAUCUAUCCGGCGGUCCUUGGUUACGACUUCUGCGGCAAGGUCCUCGAAGUCCCAGCAGGCUCCAAGUUCCAGCCCGGAGACCUCGUUGCUGGAUACACUCCCACCGGAGUCGGCAGACCGGCCAAAUACGGGACGCAUCAACGAGGCCUGGUAUGUCCAGAGGACAUGCUGUUCUCAGUGCCUCCGAAUCUCCCGCCUCAUCAUGCCGCAUGCUUGAGCGUCGUGACAAUGACGGCAUGUGAUGCCCUCUACAAUAUCUUCAGAUUCCUUCUGCCCGCGGAGACUCCGGGACCGAACGAAGCAGGCCCGCUUCUUAUCUGGGGUGCAUCUAGUAGUGUCGGGCUGUCGGCUGUGCAACUCGCUCGCGCCAGUGGCAUCUACCCGAUCCUUGUGACGGCAUCACCGCAGAAUCAUCCGCUCUUGUUACGUCUGGGUGCCACUCGCUGCUUUGACUACAAGUGUGCCCACGUAGUCUUGGAUAUCCAGUCAGCCUUGGUCCAGGAAGGAUGGGGUCCAGUCACGCAGGGAUUCGAUGCAGUGGGAAGUGAGGCAGGCUUAGGCUCGGCGCAGUCGAUGGCGGCUUGUGUGUCCAAAGACGCGACACUGGUAUCUGUGGUCGUGCAGCAGGAUCCUCGCUUCAAAAUGCCACUGGCCACUCCUAACAGCGACGUGCGGAUCCAGUUGAAGGGAGUCCCUCACCCGAUCACGAUUCCUGCGCGGAAAGCAGAUUACGAGCGCGCAUGGGAGGCGUUCCAGUGGGUUGUUGCACACUAUGGUGCACAGUUUCAGUUCCCUUUUGUGGAGAUUUUCAAUGGAAGUGCAGAAGAGGCCAUGGACCAGGUUCUCGCGGUGUCGAGUCAUGGCCGUGGCUUGGGGAAAUUAGUGCUCCAGCAUCCACUUCAAUAG